AUGUCUGGACCUGAGGGCGGCAGUGAAGGAGCUCAUGCCUGCACAGCUGAUGAUGGCAAUGCGAGUUCAGUGUUGGACAGGUUGCUCGAUGAGCAGAGCGAGAUUGAGGCAGGGGCUAUUAGAGUGACGGACGAGGUCAGCGACGAGCAACAGGACUAUCCCGAGCAUAGGUUGGCCGAUACCCUCAUACAGCCCAUCCCAGAAGGGAUAGUACUACCGAGCCCAAUGGCUCAGCUUCCGUCUCCUGAAGAGACUCCCCGAACCGAGACCAAGACGACUCUUGCUCGGGCUGACAUGCAGGACUUCCAGAAGGCCCUUGACGGAGUCGUGGGCAAACUCCGGACCGCUGCGACGGAUGCCUUCAUGGAUUCGCGCCAACGUAUCACGCGGAGGCACGAAGCGGAGUCAACUGCAGCCAAGAUGCAUGCACAGGCCACUGAGGUCAAUCUCAAAGAGACUAUCAAGGCUCUCAAUGAGCGACUCGAGUAUAACGUCAUCUACUACUACGUCACACUCACACAUCUAGUGAUCGUUCCAUCUGAUUGUCGUCUCAGUGUAGCGAAUGAUCGAGUCGCGACCCUCGAGAGACAAAUCAAAGGCGUCCAAUUUCUCAAUCACAAGCAGCGUAAUCGUCAACGCAGGCAGCUGCUGAUGGCUAGGAUGAUGGCCCGAUGGAAGAUAUACAAUAGUCUGCGGGUACGUGGCCUGGCGGAGUUGGAGCCUGCUCGCUUACUUCUCCGGCAGUUGGACGAAAAGACGAAGUCGAAGCUCUCGAGAGCUCUCUACAAGGCGAAGUUGUCGAGCCGAGUCUUCGUGUCGUGGAAGCUCCGGUCUAUGCGGAGGGCUGCUGCCCGAAAGCAGGCUGAUAUGGAGUUGGCUAAUGCAACUCUGCGAGCUAAUGAGUCAGCGGUUUGGGAGGAGGAGAGAUCGACGCUUCUGGCUAGAAUAGACGACUUCACAGCAGAGCUAGAGAAGGAGAUGCAGACGAAACGUAUGAUGCAGGAUAAUCUCAAGCGCGUCUUCAUGCGCGGUGUGUGUGCUCUGAACUUUGAGGCUAUGUCUUUGCUGGGUGGGCAGCCUGCCGAUGAGAGCGAAGCCGAGGAGCAGUUCGACCGCCUCUUCGGCUCUGCAUCGGCAGCGAACUCAACGAAUCCUGUGGGAGCAGAAGCCAGGCCUCAAGACAGCUCAUGGAUCAACUUGAUGGCGCGGGAGACUUUCGUGGCCACCAGUUCCGCCAUGGCUAUGGUCACGGGCUCGGAAGGUGCUCGGAAAGAGCAUAACACCCAGAGUCUGCCAUUCGUCAGCUACGAUGGUUCGAAAGACCGAGAGAAAGCCGUCAUGAUGUCCUCUGCCCCGCCGCCGGCACAGGAUACCGCAGUCCCCACGGCUCACUUGACUGGUGUCCGUUCCGUCACCCCUGUCACAUCCAGACGCAAAGACUGGUCUCGUGCUAGCAAUGGUGUUGUCGCCGGAUCUCGCAGUAAGAGACAGUCUGUGGGGUAA